AUCUCGGCCAAAAUUCACAUUUUCUGUGCAAUACUAAUUUAUCAAAAUGUUAUUCGUCAUUAAUCAUUCAAAGCUACAUCUCUAUUCAUCUCUUGUUUUUGUUAUCUUUAGUUCAAGGUUUAUCAUUAGUGAACCAACUUAUGUUACUUCUGAAUGCUUUGACGACAAAUUCACCCUCGAAGCCUCAUUUUCGAGCAACCUCAACAAGUUGUUAUCUUCGCUGCCAGAAAUUGCAGGCCAAAGCAUCAAUAAUGGAUACAAUGCCACAAAUUCGGCAGACUUGGCUGCAAUUGAUUCGGAGAAAGUCUAUGUCCUAUUCCUAUGUCAAGGUGAUGCAACUUCUGAUGAUUGUAAAGGCUGCGUGUCUGAUGCAGCUGAUAAAAUUCAGAGCCAGUGUCCGAAUGCCAAAAGAGCGGUAAUUUGGUAUGAUACAUGCAUGGUUCGGUACUCCAACACGUCUUUUCUUGGGGAUGUGGAUGAGAAUAUUCAACUUGGUUUGGCAAACACCGAAUACUUCGGGACUGAUGUUAACAAGUUCAUGAAUUUGACGGGUAAUACCUUGUACGAUUUAGCUUCUAAACUGGGCAAAUCCGAGGAUAAUCCUAGGUUGUUAGGGGUAGGAGACAGGAAAUACUACUUAACUAAAGGUGAUGUUGUUUUUAAUAGUUUGAUAAAAUUAUAUACUAGAGCUCAAUGCACGCCUGACCUUACUGCAAUGAACUGUCAGAAGUGUCUUACCAUUAUGCUUACUAAGAUGGCCACUUAUUGUAAUGGGAGCAAGGGUUGUCAGAUGAUGAAUCCUAGCUGCAAUACACGGUACGAGGUCUAUCGAUUUUAUAAGGAUAUAGCCUCACCAGUGUCACCACCACCUGUUGCGGCAUUGUCACCACCGCCAAGGACAACACCGCCACCUCCUGUGAAGGAAAAAAGUCAGACAGGUCGAUCGAUUAUUGUAAAUUUUACACUUGGCAUUCUAGUGCUGAUCUUGGUCGUUUUAGUCACUGUACUCACCUAUCUUCAGUGUAAGAAAAGAAAGGAGAAUAAUGAUGCCGAAAGCAUCAGAAAUAAUAACAGCCAGAGAAGUCGUGCUCCAAAUUUCUAUAAUGUUGGUGAAGAUAAUUUCAUGACCGCAGAGUCUCUGCAACAUGAUUUUGCAACACUCAAAUUUGCAACCAAUAAUUUUUCUGACGUUAACAAGCUUGGUGAAGGAGGAUUUGGCAUUGUUUACAAGGGAACCCUACCAAAUGGACGAGAAGUAGCAGUCAAGAGGCUAUCUACAGGUUCUCAUCAAGGCGAAGAGCAAUUUAAGAAUGAGGUCGUGUUUGUUGCAAAGCUACAACACAAAAAUCUUGUUCAGCUACUCGGAUUCUGUUUAACAGCUAAUGAAAAGCUGCUUGUCUAUGAAUUUGUCCGCAACACAAGCCUUGACGUGAUUUUAUUUGAUCCUGAAAGACAAGGGCUACUAGAUUGGUCUGCACGCUAUAGAAUUAUACAUGGCAUUGCUCGUGGAAUACUCUAUCUCCAUGAAGAUUCUCGCCUUAAAAUUGUUCAUCGUGAUCUAAAAGCCAGUAACAUAUUAUUAGAUUCUAAUAUGAAUCCAAAAAUCUCUGACUUUGGUUUAGCAAGAAACUUUGCAGUGAAUCAGGAACAGGAUCAGACGAACAGAGUAGCUGGAACAUUCGGUUACAUGGCUCCAGAAUACAUUGAAUACGGCGAGAUCUCCACCAAGUCGGAUGUAUACAGUUUUGGUGUAUUGGUUUUGGAGAUCAUAACUGGCAAGAAAAUUAGCAAUCGCCAAACAACACUUGCUGAAAAUCUCCUAACAUAUGUUUGGAGGCACUGGAGAGAAUUAACGCCGUUGGAAGCUGUAGAUGCUUCUCUAGGAGAUUCAUAUUCAAGCAGUGAAGUCGUUCGAUGUUUGCACCUUGGCUUAUUGUGUGUUCAAGGAGAUGUAGAGGAAAGACCAUGUAUGUUAUCUAUAGUGUCUUGUCUUAACAGUAACUCUGAUCUUCCAAUGCCGCAACAACCAGCAGCAUUCACGAGUAGUGUUCGAAAGGGGCCAAACUCAGGAACCAGAGAGCUGACUGAUAGAUCUACUAAAUCUGGAUCCAGCUCUCGAACCAGUGGGCAACAAUCUGAUAAAUGUAUAAGCAGAUCAAUUGAUUCAUUCUCUGGGAUUGAAUUUUCAAGUAAUUAAUGGAACAAUUUAAAAUGUGAAAAACAAAGAAUUGGAGUCUUGUUUAGAGUAAUGCUCAACUCAAAAGUUGUUUAUUUUUACUUAUUACGGAGUAUAAUGUAGUGUAUUUUAUGAACGAUAUUGUAUUUUUGAUGCAGUUAAUGAUUUCCUGAGACUGAAUAUA